UGAAGCAGACGUUUAUUUUUGGUUCGGAUUUGGACGUUGCUAAGCAAUUUAACUAUCCAAAGCAGACGUAGGCGGACUUUCUAGCAUAUGCACUCGCCUGAAUACGGGCCUGUGAAUUCUCUUACACCGUUUGGGUCUGGUGGGACUCUUUAGCUCUCUCCAGGGUGCAUACCAACCACAACUAGAAUGGCUUGCAAUCACGAAUCCUGAAGAUUUUAGCCAUUUGGCCGAGGCUUGGCUUUGUUUUGGAGCUUUGCUGUGGGCUGACCUAGAGUCCCUCUGCUCAGGAUAUGUCCAGAGAGAGGACACAUGUUUGCCUUCACUCAAGUUGUGUUCCCCAAGCUCUGUUGGACUGGUGAGGGUGUCCACUUCCACCUGUAACUCGUCUGCUCCACUUGCUGCAUUUUCCAAUGAAAAAGCCAGUUGUAGUUGGUAUAAACAUCUAGAAUCAGUUGAUCAGCACUUGGAUUCUCUAACCGCAUGUCAGUUCAGAAAUGCUUCAAUACCUGAUUAUAUGUGUGCUGCUUUAUGUCCUAUACUACCGCUACAGAGAUAGUCAGUGUAUAAAGAAUGUAUCUGACAAGUAUGUAUACAUUACUGGCUGUGACUCUGGCUUUGGCAAUCUACUAGCCAAACAUUUGGAUGAACAAGGAUUCCAUGUGCUAGCUGCCUGCUUUACUGAGAAGGGGGCUGAAGAAUUGAAAGAGUGCACAUCAUCAAGACUCAAAACUUUCCAGCUGGACAUUGUUAACUCUGAAAGCAUCAUCAAAGCUGCAGAAUUUGUAAAGUCUGAGGUCAAGGAAAAAGGUCUAUGGGGGCUGGUGAACAAUGCUGGAAUCUCUUUACCUGCUGGACCAAGUGACUGGCUAACAAUAGAUGAUUACAAAGCUGUACUGAAUGUCAACCUGAUUGGACUAAUUGAAGUUACAUUGAGUGUGCUUCCACUGAUAAAGAGAGCGCGAGGUAGAAUAGUCAAUGUAGCAAGUAUAUUUGGUAAGAUCAGUUGUAUGGGUGGACCUUACUGCAUCUCGAAGUACGGUGUUGAAGCCUUCAAUGAUGGUCUCAGGAGGGACUUGAGUGAAUUUGGAGUAAAAGUUCUUUGUAUUGAGCCAGGCUUCUUCAAAACGAAUAUGACCAAUUUAGAUUUAAUAACUGACAACUUUAAAAAAAUCUGGUUCAGGUUACCACAGGAUGUAAAAGAUGACUAUGGAGCUGAUUAUCUAGAUAAAGUCAAACAUAAACUUAAGACGAGGCUUGCAAAGCUUGCAGACCCAAAUUUGAUGAAAGUGGUGUGGUGCAUGAAUCAUGCUCUGACAUCUGUUCACCCUCGCACUCGCUACUCAGCUGGACGAGAUGCAAAACUGUUCUGGAUUCCUCUUUCGUACAUGCCAACCAUCAUCUCUGAUAUUGUGCUCAGACUUGACAAGGUUAAGUCAGCAAAAUGUAUCUUGUAAUAUGCAUUUGAGAAUGCUUCUUUACAAUGAAAGAAAUCUGUUAACAGAUUUUCAUUUUGAUUUUCACUUCACUUUCUGUAUUGUACAAUUCUAUAUAACUAUGUGCAUAAUAAGAAAUAUGAUUGACCCAACUGUGUAUUUUUUUAAGAAAAUGCUUUUAUAACUGAGGUUUUCGACAAUCUUGAGAAUAGAUGACUGAAGAAGAUGAAAGGCCAGCUGCUGUGGCACCACUUUAUGAAAUAAAGAACAGCUAACACUGCAAAUUGAGAAUUCA